AUGACCAUCUCGGUCGGGGAAGAACUGUGCCAGUCAAGCACGGAGAGUCUCGUCAGUCACAACAGGUUCUAUCCGAUCAAGAUCUCGGUGCACCACCAUCAGCUGCGUCAUCUUGUGAGCGUGACCGACGGGAAUCGCAUCUUCUAUGUAAAUGACUUCGACGUCUACGCCGUUGAUCUCGAGACCGACCGCUCUACUCUCCUAGCAACGAUACCUUUCGAAGCGCGAUGUCUGGCAGCUGAUUAUGGAUGGGUCUGCGUUGGCGGGGAACAGAAUGGCGACUGCGCCUUCAUUAAGCUGGUCUCGGAGGACGGAUUCCCGAAAUGCUUCCAACACGACCUAAAAGUUGAUGUAUUGGGGGGUGAAAUCGUUAACUCGAUGAGCAUUCACCUCGUGCGGGAGCAGCCAGCGUCCGAGCCGGAGCCCAUCGUUCUCAUCAGCAACAAUGACAAAUCUGUCAAGAUAUUCUCUCUGGCACGUCGAGAGGUGCUGGCUACUCUGGAUCAUGACGUGCCUAUGAACUAUGCCACCUUAUCUCCUGACGGGACUUUGCUUGCUGCGGUCGGUGACUCCGACAAGGUUUACUUCUAUAGGAGGCGCAAGAUCGAGCCUAUUGAGUCAAAAGAGCCAGCGUCGCGAUUCCCGAAUUUCGACUGGCGGCCGUUCGCUAUCCCAUGCGUACCGACAGGAGACGACGUCCACGAUGAUUAUGGCUUUGCGGUAACCUUCUCUCCUUCCGGACAUCUCUGUGCAGCAUCAUCUCAAGGAGGAGCUAUCACAGUUCUUGAUACAAGCCUACUCCUCGAUGAAAGCUACGCCCCGGAAGAAUCAAUUCUGUGCACAUUCAGGUCAUCGAGACCGACUCUUUGGGGCUGUGUCCGCUCUAUGGCCUUCUCCCCUCAGCCAUGGGAUAUGCUCGCUUGGGCUGAAGACCAUGGUCGAAUAGGAAUUGCAGACAUCAGGCAGAUGUUUAUGCGACGCCAAGUCGUGCAGCUCGACAAAGCGAGAUCUACCAUAAUCACUGUCGAAGACACAACGCCGAAAAUGUAUCGCGAUCUUCCGAUCAAGGAUAGGCUGAAACAGCAGCAUUUGGCGCGUCUAAGAUCAAUGCGAGGUAUACCGGAUGAGACGUUACGCACAGGGAAUCUGCUCGAAGAAACUCGCGCAGGAUUCAUGCUCCGCCGUCAACGGCGGCAAGAUCUGAUGUCAUACCAUCGUGGCCUCGAUCUUGACGCACGGGAACGAUCGGUCCUCGAUGCUCUAGAAACUACCAUGGACGACGUUGAACAUCACUCGCCAUAUAGCGUCAACUAUACAUCUCCACCUCGUUUCAGGCCCAGUCAUCUCGCAGACCCAAACAGUAGCGGGGAUCUGGACGUCCGUCUCAUGCCUUCACCGGAUCCACGAACUGGCUAUCGGUCGUACCAGCCGCGGAGGAGGACUUCUAUCGUUCUUUCUGAAUCCACCGUAAACCGCCAUCUCGCUCCUCAAGAUAGUCCCCGUGCGCGAAUUUCAGCUUCACCGGGCCGGAUGACGGAUGAUGAGGAUACACCUUCCAUGUCUACAAAUGAUCUCACGCCCUCCGGUGGUGCUUCAACAUCUCAGCCAAGGACGUCUGACAUUCCAACAUCGGACCCGUGGCAUGUCAUCCAGUCUGCGCUGGAAACAGCACGCCGGACGGAUGAGACCACAUCUGGCAGCGGAGACCGCCCAACAUUGGCACAGAUUGAGUCAGCCCUAGAUGCUGAGCGUAGGUUAGGCAGUCAAUUGGAACGGCAGCUAGCCGAUGAGCGACAACUGUCGAAUCUCCUCCGACGUCAGCUCGAAACCCAAGACCGUCUAUUACAGUCGCAGCAGCGGGAACUAGAAGCUGCCACCGAAGCCGACGAUCGUCUGGAGCCUUCAAUCGACCGACUGCUCCAGCGAGAGCUGGCCAACGAACAACAAUUCGGCGAGCAGCGGUCACGAGACCUAGAGAACGAGAUUCUCUCCGGCACCAGCCGUGCUCGAAGACUAGAGUCCGUCCGCGCGAGAUUGCUGAGCAACGUGUCGCAGAACCCGGAUUCUUCAGCUUCUUCCGCACAAACAUCUGCUCUGCCCACAUUCAGCACCUCGGCCCAGCUAGCUGAGGAGACCGAGGCAUCGCCUCUGCCAUCGUCUGACUCUCUCUCCGCAACGCUCCAGCGUCACGAGGCAUUCCGCCGGGAACGCGCCGCGCACAUCGAGAGUCUCGAACGCCAGGUCCGGCGUGCCGAAACCCGCGUUGCAUCCGCCAGUUCGGACAUUCAAGCGCUUGAGAACGCGAUCCAGCGCAGCGCCAGCUCCGAACGCCUUGUCCGCCAACACGAGGCCAGAGUGCGUGCCGCCAGCAUGUCCGCCAGCGGCAGUUCCAACCCCAGCGACCAGCCGCGCACACGUGUAGUCGGUGCACGGCCGAUCGAAAGAGACUCCCCUACCAUAGGCCCUCGCACAACGCGCACGGUCGGAGAGUUGGCGGGACGUGCAUCAGAAACCGAAAUGCGGCUGGCUCGCAUGAUGUUCUUGAGCGGCGGACAACGGAACAUGGACGCCAACGGCAACUGGGUUGCGGGCGGAGGCUUACAGCGGAUGCUGGCGCAGGCAAGCGCAGGUGCCAGCAGUAGUCGGGCGGGCCCAAGCGCGUCCGUGGCGGAGGUGGUCAGGGAGAUGGGCGUGGGCACCGCGGGGAUCGGCUGGAGCGGUGAUGGGAGAAGCUUGUAA